AUGAACUCAAUACUAACCGUAAACGCGAAGUCAUACCGAGCAGCGCACGCGCCGUGUGUGGAGCCGCGCUGACGGUAAAAGCAGUGUGAAGACGCGCUGACGGUAAAAGCAGUGUGAAGACGCGCUGACGGUUGUGUUUCCACUGUAGGCUGCGGAAUAUGGAGGUCGGUAGUCACGUGAAGUUGUUUCUCGAUCACGCUACGACUCUGAAGCUGCACACGGGGAAUUUAGUGAACCGCUGCCGCCUUAAAUGCCCGUCUUCAGCGAGUGAGGAGCUUCAAGAUUGCAUCAGAGCAACACUUAGUGAGUGGCUUGCGAUGUUACCCAAAACACCCGAAAUAGAUUUGCCCGGAGCUCUGGACUGCACAAUCCCACAGAAUACAGAACUGAUCACACCCGAGGAGAGGGAAGAACUGAGGGUGUCCGUCAAGCUGUUUCUCGCCGAGUCUAAUUGCUCAUCUAUAAAAAAUGCAGUAGACCUGGCGUGCGUGUCAUUAGGUGUGUCUCAACUUGAUUCAGUUAUCAUCGCUCCUCCUGUGCUGCCUGAGGGUGAGACUCUAACUCUGGCUCACCUGCAGCCGUUGUGGGCCAAGCUGGAAGAAGUUGUUCAGAACCAAAAAGCUGCUUCCAUCGGCACCUCAGACCUGGACAAGACUCAGCUAGAAGAGCUGUACAACUGGGCACAGGUCAAACCGAGCAGUAACCAGGUAAACCUGGCCUCCUGCUGUGUGAUGCCUCCUGACCUCACUGCAUUUGCUAAAGAGUUCGACAUCCAGCUCCUGACACACAAUGACUCCAAAGAGCUUCUCAGUUCAGCAGACUUUCAGGAGGCCAUGCAGGAGAGUUGCAAGGACCUGCAGGUGGCAGACUGGCGGCUCGAGUGGGUCUUGCGUUACUCCAUCAUUGUCAAAAGCCGGGGCAUCAUCAAAGCCAAAGGCUACCUCGUUCAUGCACAGAAGAACACCAUAUAGCACCUCAUGAUAUAGUACCUCCAUUUCUGGAAUUUCUAAAAUGCAUAGAUUUCUAGCUUGCUAUCAAAUCCAUCAGUGAAAUUUAUAUGUGAUCUGUAUUUCCUCAUCAGCGAAGGCUGAAGUUCAGUUGACCUCAAUCAUGCUGUGAAAUAUUUUUCCAAGUGUUUGAAUGCUUAGUCCUGGAAAUCAGAUCUGUUCAACCUUUGUAUCAUACACUACUGCAGCCUGCACCAUGUGAAUGAUUUUGCAUUUUGUAGAUAACUGAGGUUAAUGCACCGCUUGUCUUCAUGUGCCUCAGACUUUUGUCAGAAAUUUCUUGGUUUCUUUACAGGCAAUACAGCAGUACAGUUUACUAAGAAUGGAGUUUUACAGGAUGCUUCAUAAUUACCAGUAUAGUUUUGUCCUUUUCUAGAAUGUCACCCUUUUUGGUAUUUGUCUCGGUUAUGGCAUGUAACCCUCACCUUAAAACAAGUAAUAGAUUUGGCUAAAUGUCAUUUCCUGAUUGAGGUAUUGCGUCAAUACUGUGCAAAAGUUUUACAUAUAUGAAAAUCAGCAUGUGUUCAUUGUAUACAAAGAAAGGACAAGAUACAACACGAAGGAAAUAAUAUUGAAAGAAAUUAAGUUGAACCAAAAUAUGUGCUUGUUUAUUUGACAGACACACGAGGGUCCAGAAUUGGCUACUGUAAUUAUGGUUUUACAAUGUUCUCUACUUCAUAUUUUUAUUGGGUUCAUAAAGAUAAUGUUCAAA